AUGUUUGGAAAUGAUUUAAAAGUAUCUACAAAUAUUUAUGAUUAUCAAAAUAAUUAUAAAAAUUGUAGUGGGUUAAAAUCAGGUAAAGUUAUAGUAAAUGAUGAAAAUGAUAUAGAAAAUAAAAAAGAGCUUAAUGAAAAAUUAAGUGAAUCAAAAAGCUUGUCACCGCAGAUAAGUAAUUAUAGUGAUAUAUUUAAAAAGAAUACUACUUAUAUAAAGAAUAAAAAUUCUAUAGAUUUGUUUAGUAUGCAAACAAAAUUAAAUAAUAAAAAUAAUAAACUAAAAAAAAUGUUUAGUGGAUUAGGAAAUCAAAUGAAAAAUGCUAUAAAUGUGUUUGAUGAAGUAAAAGAGCAAAUUAAGUACACAGCAAAAGAAGCAAAAAAAAAUAUAAAUUAUCCAUUUUGCAAAGCUCCUUGUAAUAUUGAAAAUUUAAAAAAUACUAUUUAUAUAAAUGAAGAAGAAAUAGUUAUUAAUAAAAAUAUUUAUAAUACUAUAUUUAAAAAAAAAAAAAAAGAUGAAAAAGAAAAUAUUAAAAAAAAUGAAAAUGAAGAUAUUUUUACAUGUAGUAGUAGUGAUAUUAUUAUAAGAGGAAAUUAUAAUUUUGGUUUUGAAGUAGAAGUAAAAUAUGAAAAUGAAGAAAAUAAAAUUAUUGUUCAUGCUUUUGAUAAAGAUACAAAGAAAAAAAUACCAUGUUCUUACAAAUGGAAGAAAAUAUACUCAUUUCAACAUUGUAGUAUGAUUCAAAGAAAUUUACUUCCUAAGAAAAAUAAUAUAUAUGAUAAUGAAUAUGAAUUAACUUGUGAAGAUAUAGGAAUCAAAAUAUAUGUAGAGUGUUCUUGUAUAAAUAGUGAACAGGCUACUGUUGAGAAUAUAUCAAAAUUUUCAAUUAAUAGUUCAGUUAAUUCAGAAAAUGGUAAUAAUUAUAACAGAUCAUCAAUUAAAAAUACAAUACAAAAUAAUAAAAUAUAUAAUAGUAAUUAUGAAGAAGAAAUUUCAAAAGAUUUUAAUUCUGAAAAAAAUUCAUUUAAUUUAGAUGAUUGUAAUAAAAGUUUUUCUAUGUCUAAUAGUUUAUUUCAAUUAAGUAGUAAUAAAAGAAAUAUGAAAACAGAUGAAAAUAAAGUUAAUUAUAAAAAUAAUAAUGUAACCGAAAUUUUUAAUUCUUAUGAAAAUUCAGUUUUUAAUAAAAAUUCAAUGAAUACUAUUAGUAACAAUAAGUAUUAUGGAGUAGCAAUAGCUGAAAUAGGUCCGUUCAAUUUAAAUAUGAAAACAAAAAAAAUGUUGGAAACAAUUAUACAUAAUGAUACAAUUAGAUAUCCCAUAUAUAUAAUAAAAAAAGUAAAUAGUAAUGAAGAUAAAAAUAAUGAAGAUAUUAUGUCAAAUAUAAGUAGAAAAAAAAAUUUAUUUAGUGAUUAUGAUGAUAAUAACAGCAUAGAUAACUUAAGUUUAUAUUCUAAUAUGGAAAGUGAAAAUGAUGUUAUUUAUAUGCUACAUAUACAUAAAAAUGAAAUAAAAAUAAUUGAUCAAAACAAUAAAACGAAGCAUAUGUGGAGUUAUAAAUUUAAUCAUAUAUACCCAUUUAUUGAAUUUUUAGAAAAUAAAUAUUAUUUUUCUUUACAUAUUAAUUCUAAUGAAUAUUAUGUUUGUAAAUGUUUAUAUAAAAGACAUCGUGACUUAAUUGCAAUUAUACUUAGAUAUAUGCAUGCCAAUUUAUAUAUUAUAAAUGAUUAUAUUUUUAAUAAUAUAAAUCAAAAUUUUGAAAGAACAAGAGUUAAAAAUAUUUUUGAUAAUGUUGAUGUUAAUACAGUUCUGGAAAACAUAAAUAAAGAGUUAUUAAUAAGUCAAAAAUUAAAUCAAAAAUAUAUGUUUAAAAUAAAUAGUUUGAAAAGCGAAAAAAAUAUACUUGAAGAUGAUCUGAAAAAUACAAUAGAAGCGUUUCAAACACAAUUAGAUAAUGUAAAAAAAUUUAAAGAUGAAAAUGAAUUACUAAAAGCAAAUGAUAAAUUAAUGAAGGAAAUAAAAAUAUUACAAGACAAAUAUAGAAAUGUCGAUUUAUUUUUUAAAAAUAAGUAUAAAGCUUUGUUAAAUGAUAUUGAGAAAUAUAAAAAAUUAGUUGAAGAGAAUAAAUCUAAAAUUAAUUCAGAAAAUGUUAAAGAAUUAUAUGCAAAAAUUGAGAUCAUUGAAAAGGAAAAGAAUGAAUUAUUAAAUCAAAAUAUAGAAAUAAAUAAUUUAUACAAUGAAGAAAAAACUAAGAAAUUAGAAUUAGAAAAGAAAUUGGAGAGUUUAAAUACAAAAUUAGAAUAUUUAAAUAAAUCUUUACAAGAAGAAAAAACAAAAGGAAAUGAGAAUUCUGAAUAUAUAAAGCAAAUGGAAGAAUUAAAAACAAACAAUUUAUAUUUACAACAAAAGAAUGUAAAAUAUUCUGAUGAAAUAAAUUUAUUAAUAACAGAAAAAAAUAGAUUAACUAAAUUAGUAGACUCUUUAACAAGAGAUAUUGAAAAAUGGAAACUAAAUGGAAGUUUAAGAAAUUUACAUAAUCCAAUGGAUAUUGAACAUGAUAAUCAUAAGUUAUUAAAAGAAGUUAUAUCUUUAAGAGAUGAAAAUGAUUUACUGAAAAAAAGAAUUAAAAAAUUUGCAAAUAUCACUACAACUUAA